AGACCACCGUUUGAUCCCAAGCCCUGGCCCGGCGCGCCAAAAUAACCUUUGCGACGCGACCGAGGCGCCAGCAAGAUCCUCGGCGACUAUACCAAUCUCUAGAACUUUGUCAAAGUGCGAUGCUGCGUGCAGGCUGCUAUUGAACUCGCGAGAAAAAGCACAGGAUCGCGCAGCAUUUGUGCGGAAAGAAGGACCACAGCGCAGAAAAGGAGCAAAUUUUGUCGUCAAGCAGAUGUACACCAGACCGGACCAGGAGAUAGUGCCAAAUGACCGACGGUCCUAGAACCAGGUGAGGAGAAGGGAGGGAAUGACAGUUUUCACUUCAUUGCUGCUCACAGACCACAGGCCGCAAUCCACAGCCCACCCGAAUCCACUCGCUUGUAUUUCGCACUUGGUAGUACAAUCUCUGUCACGGGCGGAGAAUAUUCUGGUAGCAGAGCCCCGUCGCGGACGCCGGGGGCUAGUGUUGUGUUCAAGGCGCCGGGCUCAGAAGUCCCCGAGGCGUCCAUGCUGUUUUCAUCCAUCUGGAUCGACUCCAGUGCAAGCAUUCCCUCAACUCCGCCCGAGUCAGGGUCCCACACUCGCGGAGUCUAGAUCGCGGGCACCACACGGCAAGUUCCUCUUCAAUGUCUCCCCCUUGGCCGGCACCAUGAAAGGCGGCCUCUGCUUUCUUUGUUCUCUGUCCGUCGGAAGAGGACACGGACAAGCUACGGGGACGCGUCCAGACAACCGGCUGCUCCUUGCCCGAUGCAGUCGAGUCUCAAUCGCAAUUGUCAUUCCUCAGCUGCCGUGCCGAGACGGCCCCGGCGUUCGCGAUGACGGAUCCGACAGUGCACAAUGGCAUCGGGAGACGGCAGUGCUCGUACUGCUUCCUUACCGUAGUGCAGUCCCUGGCCAUGGUCAGCGAACAUGUAUGCACAAACGAGGUACCCCAGGCAUCUACACUAGGCUCCCAUCUGCAACUUGGGACAUCUGAUUAUCUGGGUCGCUGGGACGUGUGCAUCUCGUCGGGUUUGGGUUUUGGUGAUUCGGAUGUCCAAUUUUGCAGGUGCUGGCGGUGUUUCUGCAGAUGCCAAUGCAACCGUAACUGAGCAUCUUGACGAUCGACAAGGGCUUCAAGCUGAAUGGCCAGUGAUAGAUGGAAGAGUCGGCACAUCAGCCCCCCUCCGAAGCCUUCAAAGCCAAGGCGAGGCAAGGUGCAGGGGAGGAGGAGCAUCAAUCUUCACCUUGCAUCGCUC